AUGACUCCAAACACCGUCCUUUUCCGUGCCUCCGCGUACUCAUCUCAUUUUAUCCCGAGCAAUCGCGCAACACUCCAUCCCUUCGCCUCGCUUUCCUCUAUAAUAUCAACCGUGCAAUUGAGGCCCGGCAACCGCCAAAUAGCUCUCCGAACCUUCACCACCUCCAAGCAAUCCCGGGAACAGGCAGUCCAAUCCUCAUCGCCCGUGUCACCACCACCACUGGCAUCAACACCACCAGCCAACACAACCCCACCCCGCAACUCCCUAACCCGCUACUCCCUAAAAUUCGGCACCGUCCUCACCGCCGGCCGGAUGGAUAAAACCGUCCGCGUCCUGCACAAGCACACAACCUUCCACAAGAAGCUUCACAAAUCCUACCCAGCCAGCACGGUCUAUCUAGUCAGCGACCCUUGCAAUUCGCUGCGACAGGGCGACGUGAUUGAGUUUUCGAGCGGGUGGCGGACGAGCAAGAAUGUGCGCCACGUCGUGGAGAGGAUUGUGGCGCCGUUCGGCGUGCCGGUGGAUCAGAGACCCCGGGUCCUUAGUCGGCCUGAGCGGGAGGCGUUGAAGGCGGAAAGAGACGAGAAGGCGGAGAAGAUUAUUGGAAUUGGUAGGAUUAAGAGGCUGGUUCGGAAGAGAUUGGAGAUCGAGAAGGAGAAGCGUGGGACUUAAAAAUGGGGGGCGGUGUAAGCCGGGGUUGGGUUGUGGGAGUUCUGGAGAGUUAUUUUUGUUUGGGCUGAGAGAUUGAAUGAACGGAUGUAUGGAUGCUAUUGGGAAAGAGGCACGGUUGGUGAGGAUCAAGUAAGCAUACUUAUAAAAAUUGUACAAGACGGUUAUCGUUUUCUCUUGCUAUCUCUCGAUUUUAUUUUGCAACAAUGUACAGUACAAUACAUCCGGUUAUAUAGUGUUUGGACGACACCACUUCUUCCCCUUUUUCAAGAAUUCAUACACUUCGUUCCUUUGUU